AUGUCGCUGGCUGUGGAAUUCCCAUCAGAAGACAUUUUUUUAAUGACAGCUUCUCCAGUUAUAAAAGCUGUAACGAAUUUCAAACAGGUUUCCAAAACACUCGAGGAAUUUGAUGUAGAAGAGCAACCAAGUUCUCUACUAGAAAAACGAUAUCCCAAUAUUAAAGUUAUACAGUCUGGAGUAAAACAACUGAAAAGUGAUGAACAUAAAAUUUUCACUGAGGAUGGGAAAGAAUAUAUGUAUGAAAAACUUUGCUUGUGUGCUGGAGCAAAACCAAAAUUAAUUUCUGAAGGAAACCCAUAUGUGUUAGGAAUUCGGGAUACUGACAGUGCACAGGCUUUUCAGAAGAAUUUGGCUCAAUCUGAGAGAAUAGUAGUGGUAGGAAAUGGUGGGAUUGCACUUGAAUUAGUGUAUGAAAUCCAAGGCUGUGAAGUAAUCUGGGCUAUCAAAGACAAAGCCAUUGGGAACACUUUUUUUGAUGCAGGAGCAGCUGAAUUUCUCAUUCCAAAGCUAACUGCUGAAAAAAGAGAGACUCCAAUUGAAUGUAAAAGAACCAAGUAUACAAUGGAAGGAAGUGAGGAAAAAGACAGACCUACAGCAGCAUCUGAUGAACUGGGCAGUGCCUUAGGCCCCGAUUGGCAUGAGGGCUUAAGUCUUAAAGGGACUAAAGAGUUUUCUCAUAAAGUACAUAUUGAAAUACUGUGUGAAGUGAAGAAAAUACACUUACAGCAAGAAUUUAUACAACUGCAACGGACUUCUUUGGCUUUUCCUAAGAAAGAGAAAAAUACAGAACCAGAUGAGGUGCUAUGGCCUGUAUAUGUGGAAUUAACUAAUGGAAAAAUUUAUGGAUGCAAUUUCAUUGUCAGUGCCACUGGAGUUGUGCCAAAUGUGAAACCAUUUCUCGAUGGCAAUAAUUUUGCUGUAGGUGAAGAUGGAGGUCUUGAAGUCGAUAAACACAUGCAGACAUCCCUGCCGGAUAUAUAUGCAGCUGGAGACAUCUGCACGGCGGCGUGGGAACCUAGUCCGGUGUGGCAUCAGAUGAGACUGUGGACUCAAGCUAGGCAGAUGGGAUGGUAUGCAGCAAAAUGCAUGGCAGCGGAUACUUUAGGGGAACCUAUUGAUAUGGAUUUCAGCUUUGAACUAUUUGCUCACGUCACAAAAUUUUUCAAUUACAAGGUGGUGGUUUUGGGCAAAUACAAUGCUCAGGGCUUAGGAUUAGACCACGAACUGAUGCUGAGAUGCACCAAGGGACAAGAGUACGUUAAAGUGGUGAUGCAAAACGGCCGAAUGAUGGGAGCUGUGCUGAUUGGUGAAACAGACUUGGAAGAAACCUUUGAAAACUUAAUUUUAAAUCAAAUGGAUCUUUCAGCCUAUGGUGAAGAUCUCCUGAAUCCAGAUAUCGAUAUAGAAGAUUAUUUUGACUGAACAAAACGCCAUUUUCAUUUUGUAUGAAGUUGUGAUACAGAGUAGUAUGUCUUAGAAAACUGUUUCCUCGGGAUCAGCAGAAAUGAGGGAUAAAUGCAAUUCCUUAUUAAGAUUUUGUGUUGAUCUUGUCAAAAUACUGACAGGCACAUUAAAUUGAUCUCUGUAGAAAAUUAGCAACAAUGUCAAAAUGCAGCAACAAAAGCCAGUGGAUUAGUGUUGGCAAAGAGUUGUUGUCUAGAUCAGAUGAGCGCAUGAGAACAGGGCUGUCAGAGUCUUAAAAAGCGGGCUCCGCUGUGCUGCUAAGACAGCACCGCAUUGGCUCGAAUGCAAGGUGGCCUUCACUUUUUAAAAGCAAAUGUGUUCAAUCCUGUGCCUGCCUCAUAGCUGCCUUCUUCCCCAAACCGUGCAUAAUUCACCUGCCACAGUUACCAGUGCCCGCUUUCCCCAUGGCUUUACUGCCAGGCACGUUCCUCGUUCCCACCAGUAAGCCAGCCACCCUGGCGAGCCAGGCGGCCUGAAGCUGCCUCCAGGCUUGGGUGGUGUGAGCAUUGGCUGGGGCGGGGAGAGCCCCUGCUGCCUGAAACCAGUUGCUUGGACAAAUGCUUUCAAGGCAGCCAGGCAGCGCGUUGCCUUCCCACCAGCACCCCGCUGCUGCUCGGGCCUGCCAGCGCUUGCCCCAGGUUUCAAGACUCCUGUUCCAGCCAGCUCUGUUGGGCUGGCUCAGGUGAACAGGGGACAUCUUUAGGGCACAGGGCACUCGGAGCUCUUGCUACCUGGAAUGUGGUCUGCAAUUCUAUGGCAAGAUGGAUGCUUUAUCUUUUAUUCCCCUCACCACCCUGUAAGUUUCUUCCCAAACUAAAUGUAUUUUGUACUCAGCUAUGUACAGAACACAAGAGCUUGGAACAGUGAAAGCCAGGAUGAGAUGUCAUUUGAAAGCAGCCUUUUUACCGCUUGUCAGAUGGCUGUUCAGGUCACGUGGUGGGGCUGCAACUGGUGCCUCCUCGUUGACUGUCAGCAGGGCUGAGGUAUGGCACGUGCCAGGGGAAGGCCAACAUGACAGCGCUGGUGGACAUCACGCACAGGCGCCUUCCCUGGCGAGCGCCUGCAGAGCAGGCUGCUGGAUCCAGACAAGGUGGUAGAUGGUACCUGAUGCCAUUUUGAGUGCCAGUCCCAUAUCCUGAUGGGAUCUUAAUAGCCAGCUGUUAGAGUCACUUGGCCACUUUCUGCCCUUUCCACAUUUCCACUGUUGGUUCCAGGAAUGAGUCUCUGCAGGUACUGAACUCCAAUUUGACUUGUGGUAACAUGGGACAAAGUAUCUACUGCUGAGUUGCAAAUGGGGGUUUGAGCUGUCCUCACUCGUAGCUCGCUCCCUGGCUGUAUGUGUAUUUAUGCAGCAUGCACUUUAAUAGUGAUGUCUGUGUACAGGCUUGCUUCCAUCAAAUUCCUUCUUUUUUAGUUGCUAGGCAUAAUUUAGUGCCUAGGUGAAAAAGCCCAACAAUUUAAGCUCUUCCUUAGCACUCCCUCUGUGUUCCAUAGCGCCAUCCACAGACAGAGGCUGUUCCAUGCUGGCUUUUGGGUUUGUUCUACAGUUGCCGCUUGGGAGUUGCUGUUUACUUAGGGUCCAACUGGGAA